CAAACCCUGAGAAACGGUCGGACCUCUCUCCGGUGCUCUCUUUCUCGUCUUCGCUUGAGUAUGAGGCGGCUGGGUACCUCUUUUCCUAACAUUUGUGUCGUCCGCGGGGCAGCGGUGAUUGCCUCUGCUGUUGUCGCGAGUGAGUCGUGCAGGCGGCCGUCGAGGGUAUGCUUGUGUCAGGGGCACCGCAGUGAAGACCGUGCAGGUGCGGUGCAGCACCGCACCCGAGAGGCGAAUGGAUGAAUCAAUGAGUGUGGAGAAUCAAUCAGAUUGAUUCACAGUGAAUGGAGCCGACCUGCAUGGCUCGUGUCGUGUGGCUGUCUGUCUGUCUGUGUGCAGGGAGUGCGGAAGUGUUGGGUCCCAUCUAUCGCUUCUUUGCCGACAUCUGGCGCAGCACCAGGUGGGAAACAAACAGAUCGUCUGCUCAUUGCAUUGCUUAUGUGUUUCGGUCCGUGUGUCUGUCUGUCUGUCUUCAGCUCCGUGGACGAAUGGCUUCAGGCGCUGGAAGCGGCAGUGACGCAAGGUGACGCAGAUCUGGAUCGCGCCGCCGAGCUUAGCGAGGGCGUGGCGAGGAGGCUGUGGGGCAUCGCUGCCGACAGAUCUGCGCCCUCGAGGACCAGAGGGGUGGGAACACGCAAACACUCACACUCACAUCCAGAUUUGCCGGUUGGUUGUGUUGGACGUUUGUGUGGCGGGCGGGAUGAUUCGGGUUAGCACGCGCUGAAUGUGCUGCGUCUGCUGCUGACGGACUCAGCGAACGGGCCCGCUGCGCUUGGUAACACAGCUUGACUGCAGAUCUGAGAGUUGCGCAUGGAUGUGUGUGCGCUGUGCUGUGUGUUGUGUGCAGCCGAGUGCCGCGGCAUAUCUCAGUUGGCGGCCAUCUUGGACGACCUCGAUGCCACACACUCUUCCACACCACUCUCCCUCACCAUGGAGGAACAGAGGUCCGUCCGGCACAUCACAUCAAUCAUGGCGUGCCUUCAGUGCACUGCAUGAGAAUCAAUCGUCUGUCUGUCGUGCAGGUGGUUUCUGGAGUCCCUAGUAAGGCCGACUCGGCUGCCUCUGUCGUCAGCAGUGGAUGUGGCGGGGUAUCCCGAGGGGCUGGAGGAAGAGGAGGGCGGCACUGCCGACACGGACAGCAUGCGCCCAAGGCGGUCCGCCAUGCAGCCCUGCCUCUCGGACUGGGCACACAACCUACUCGUAACCAAGCUUAUCCAUCAACAGAUCAGAGAUCAGUAUCUGUCUGUAUCCUUGUGUGUCUGUUUCUGUUUCGCAGGCUGGGUCUGCCGGCACCUCGCUUGAGUCGACCCUCGUUGAGUGGCUACGCAUCCCCCCGUGUGACGCCCUCACGCACGUAUGCAAUGCAAUGCACCCAUGCGUCGAUAGAUGCGCACACGCAGCCACGACACAGACCCCCACUGCCCUCUUCCCUGCCAUCCGUCCGUCCACUUGGAUGCAGACGAAGCGCUUCAUGGGCCUGAUGUUGGCUGGGGAGGUCUUUCGGAAGCGGCCCUCCUCUUCCUCUGAGGUGCAGCACCUGUGGGCCAAGGUGGUCGAGGAGCGGAGGGAAGACACCAUGAGCGGGCUGUGGGCAGUGAGGUCGGCGUGGCUGAGGGCGCUGCAGGCCGGCAUCGCCGCGGGGCUGCUCACCGAGGACUACAGGCCGCUGGAUGCGUCCGAGCGGCGCGAGUGCAUGGGGGCCUUGUGUGAGGAGGUGGGGCAGGACCUCUGGGACCACCCCGUGCAGACGCUGGCUGUCCUAGCCGACAUCCUCGAGGCCACACGAGAGGCCCAGUACCAGCCCUCACGAUACCUGCUGCAGCAGCAGCAGCAGCAGCCGGAGUACCGUCAUGAGUUUGACUUCAGCGAGCAGCUCAUGUACCUCCUCUUCACCAGCGCACAACAAGGCGGAUUAUCCACUGAUAAUGACGGACCCCGGACGUCAUCAGGGGACUCACAACGUGACGACGUUCCCCGCGACGCUGUUCGCUUCGACCGAGGCGACGGGCAGCACCCCUCUCCGCCUCGUCUGCAGAAGGUUGCUGCAGCGCGUCUCGAGGAUUUGAGGCAGCAGGGCGCCCGGCUGCUGUCGACACUGCAGCAGCAUCAGAGGCAGCUGCUGGGGCGGGUCCAGGCGCACCGUACUGGCGUCAGCACCGAAACAUCCAGCGCUCUCGGCAUCCACCCGCAGCCCUUCGCACAGGUUCUGGCCGCUCAUGGCUGGGUCCCCUCACACGUCACCUUCAAGAGGGGGCCGGCCGAGCUGCAGCUGCUGCCCGGAAGAGCCGCACGGAUGCAGCAGCCCCCUCCUGGUGCUUCUGCUGGUGCAGCAUCUGCCCCACCCUUACCCGUUGGCCCACCUGGCGCGCCGCUGACGCCUCGGGCGAUCGUCGAUGCGGUGAGAAAGCGAUGGCAGCGGCCUAAUGGCGGUGUCCCUGCCGGCGCCAUGGGAGCCGAGCCGACACGCCUGCCGGUGGAGCUUCUCAACGAAGACGACUUCACGCUGCACCUGUUCGGCCGUCCGUCGCGACCACAUGCGAAUCUGAGAAGUGCAGUGGCCAUCGCGGCAUCCGACUUCCUGGCAGCACUCUUCCGCACGGCGCCGGCGUUGCGGAGCGAGGUGCCAGGAGAGUUCCUGCGCGAGCCGUGGCUGUCGUACUGUACGGGGCUGCUUCUCGACUGGGCCCCAGUGGCCCACAAGGGGCUUGGCGGUGAUCUUGAAGAGAGGGUGGUUGCCGUGAGGCGGUCGCAGUGUGCCAGGACAUCGCUGAGGCUGCUCUGCAGCCAACUGGGUGAGAUAGCAUUGCAGCCGCAAAGACACAGAGGGAUGCCACGUAUCUGUCUGACCUUCCAUCCAUGCGCCGUGUGCACUGCAGAUGGCAGCGAGCAGGUUGUGAUAAACGUGUGGCUGCGUCGGCUGAUCGUGGCCCUGCAGACCCGGCUGCACCUGGCUCACAUCGAUGAGGUGGCGGCGGAGUCGGCGGACAUGUGGACGAUCGACGACGAGGGUCUCCUGCUCAACACCUUUGGUCAGUCGGCCAGUGCCGGCCCGUCCUCGAGCGACAAGACAGCGGAGCAGAGGGCGCCCAACGACAAACAGAGCCGCAUCAGGCGGGGAGAACUGCUCAAAAGGUGGGAGGGGAGAGAGACGAGUGACCGCAUCCAUCGCAUGCGCAUCACAUUUGUAUCCUAUCCGGAUGCAUGUUAUGUGUGCAGUCUGUCGUAUUUGUCGUCCUUCAUGGAUUUCCCCGUGGACACUUUGCUGCAACUGGAGGGGCCCGCCUUCCUCCGCAUGCUCACGGAGGGCCUCAUGCGCGACAUCGACGCCUACCUCACAGACCUAUUCGAGCAAGUCGAGGGCAAAACCACCCCCACCAGCAGCCAGGACGACACCCAACCACCAGCCCUACCACCCCCAGCCGCAGACGACAGCACCAAGGCUUCUCGUCGUCUCUCGCUUCGCCCCUUCGGCUCAUCAUCGCUUGUGCUCGCCGAGGCAUCCAAGGAGCCCCAAAGCAACAACGACGCUGCCCCGCCCAGCAGCACCCAGCAGCCAUUGACAGAGACCCCCACCGAGGCGGCCGAGAGGCGUUGGUGGCGCAUGCCAUGGAAUCCUUUCCAGCCUGCGGUGCUGCAGCGGCUGCGUGAGCGGCUUAGAGAGCGGGGAGGGGGCACCAGCAGGGGAGAGGCCCGCCGUGACAAAACCACUAGCAAAGGCGGGCCGCUGUCUUUACUGCACCCGGAUGAGAUCGCCCGGCAGGCCAGGCGGUGGACGAACCUCAGGGAAAUCGUCAGGACCGUCGCAAACGCCACCGCAAGUAGGGGGGAGAGAGGGAUGCCGACCGAAGAGAAUCCAGUCCUCCCUCAUAUAUGUGUCUUGUGUUUGUUGCCGUGCCGUAGUGUGCAAUGGUGAGGAGCUGCGGUAUCUGGGUGACGAGUGGCGUGAGCUGCUGGUGGACCUGACCAACUUCAUCGCCUACCACGUGGAGCAGCACGCCGCACACCAGAUCCGCGUCCACCUCAGCCCCGUCGUCAUGGAGGAAAUCAUGCAGGAGGAAACAGGCACAAACGAGACAGUAGGCCAAGAGGACAAGAAGGACGAGGCGCCCGGGGCUGCGGCUGGGGGUGUCGGCCGCGAGGGCACGUGGACCGCCAUCACCGGCGCGUCACCGGCCUACUUCGAGGCUGUCAGGGGGCUCUGCAACCUCCAACGGCUGGAUCGACCGUCUGUGGCUGCUGCACCCGCGUCCAGCCCCUUCACAGACCCCUCCAUCGUCUACCCCGACGGCAUUUUCCCCCUCUCAGUCCCCGGACUCACCGCCGACCUCGAUCCAUUCAGUGCCAAGUGGCGGCCUGCCACGCCCCCGCCCAACGCCACACCCACAACACACACACAGCCGCAGCACCCGCCCUUUGACGUCGUGUUUGUGCACGGACUGCGCGGCGGAGCGCUCAAGACUUGGAAGGCGGGAGGGGGCGUGCCGAUCAACGCGCUGGAGCCCUACUCGCCGGCCCCGAAAGAUGCCCAGACGAAGCUGUUUGGUCGGUGGCUGGGGAGGCGGUCAGCCGCCAAUAGGCAGAGCGUCGCGCCGACAGCGGACGAAGGCACCACAGCAACAGCACCGACGGCCGAGGGGCCGGAAACAGAGGCGGGGCAGCCACAGGGACCAAGGGAAGAGGCAGAGAAGCCUUCUGGUGAGGAGGCAAAGUCCCCUGCUGCUGGGCCCCCUCCGUUUCGGGACAUCCUGCAGGGUAUCCGAGCGCGAGUGCGGCUGGACGCUUUGCUGCCAGCGGAGAGUGCUGCGAUAUUCGAGUCCAAGCCUGAGUACCAGCCGCAGGCAGAGGCGGAGGUUAGCGUCAACGACAAGGGCGUGGCGCAGCUGUCGGUAUCCCCGGCAGGCCCACCACAGGCCCUACCAUCACCGCCUCUGGGCGACUGGUAAGACAGAGAGGCCGUCCGAAGCCAGCCACCGGCCGAGAAUGUCACGGAUGGACGGUUUGGUUCCCUGGCUGUACGCAUGUAUUGAUGCAGGCUGGUGUUAUGGCCGCGGAUCAUGCUGGCCCACGACUUCCCCUCCGCCAGAAUCAUCGCCUUCGACGCCCAGGCUAUGGGCAUCUUCCAUGAGCGGCGCAAGUUCGUCUCCCUGCGCGAACCUGAGGGCGACGAAUCCCCCGGCGUCUCUGCCCGCAAGGAGUUCACCUUCAUGACCCUCGCGGACCUCAGCGCCUACGUGGCGGAGCGGUUGCGUCUGUCGCGUGUGGGCGGGCAGACUGAGACGGAAGACGAUGCGCGUCCGGUGGUGUUUGUGGCGCACUCGAUGGGGGGGGCGCUGGUGAAGAUGCUGCUGCUGGACGACCCCGCCUUGUUGCGGCGGACCCGUGCGGUGAUCUUCUUCGGCGUGCCGCAUGUGGGGAGCCCUCUGGCGGGCAACCUGAUGUUUCUCUACCCCGCUGUGUCGAGGUAUGCACGAGAAAUGAGGAAGACGCCCUUCCACCAGAGACUCAACGAGGAGUUCAGAAAGUGCUGCGAACAGCAUGGUCAGUGGGGGGGCGGGAGAGGGAGAUGGAGACAGGUAGGGAUGGGAUAUGCGAUGCACGUGUGUGUGUGCGGUUGUUUGUUUGUUUGUGGUUUGUAUGGCUGGCUGGCUGGCUGGCUGGAUGCCAUCCAUCCAUCCAUGUCAUUCAUGUGUUGUCUAUAGACAUAUCAGUGUUGUCGUUUGGUGAGAGUCUGCCGACUGACGUGCCGUACCUGCAGACCAAGAUGUUGAUUGUGCCGCCAGCCACAGCACACCCGGGAUACGGACCAUUCUACCAGGUAGGUACCGUGAGUACGUCUGCUGACCGGCAGAACACACACACGCACCCAACCCAGUCUCUCUCUCUAUUGCAUGUGAGUGCAGAUCCCGGGUGCGAGUCACGUGGACGUGUGCAAGCCCCCGACGUUCGAUGACGUGCGGUAUCGCUUCACGAGGGACACCAUCCUGCAGGGGCUGGCUGGCUGGCAGGGUGGUGGGGGGCAGGGCAGGGCAGGCCAGGGAGGGGGAAAUGAAUGAACGAUAGAUGUUUCUGGAUACACACGUGGGCCUGUAGACCCUUACCAUCCAUUCAUCCAUCCGUCUAUCCAGUGGGCAGAUAGAUAGUCAUUUGUCAGCGCCCGCCUUAUGCGUGUGUGUCUGUAGUGUGGGCGGGCUGGUGUGCGCCCCGAUGGUUGCGUUCUCGUAUGUCCCUCCGGGUGUACAUGUCGACGCUGGUCAGUGGAGACAUCAGGGAGGGACGGACGGACGUAAUGGUGACUUGUAUGUGUCGUAUCGUGUGCAGUGAGUGCAUUGUCGUCCGUCGCACCCACAAACAAACAAACAAACGGACGUGUACGCAGACGCACCCGCAGAGGUCGAAGGUCGAUCGAUCGGCGAGGUAUCCACAGGCAGGCAGGCAGGCAGGCAGGCGGGCAGGGUGAUUCAUUGAAACUCACUCACUCACUACAGCCAGUCACUACCGAUGUGCGCAUGUUCAUUCAUUGCGCGACGUGCCCUUCGUCUAACAUGCAUGCCGAUGUCAGACGCUCCCAGUG